CAGAUCUCCGACUUCAUCGUCCACAAGGCCAAAGCUCUGGAUGAAGACAACCACGCCUUCCUGCCCAGUGAGAACAGCACCCUGAAGAAGUCCAUGUCGCUGAUGACGCAGCUCCUGAUGGACGCCCAGGCCAAGAUCGCCGGCAUGAUGGAGGGGAACCAGCAGCUGGCGCUGCGCAUCGACGGAGCGCUCCAGGCGGCCGGGCAGGAGGUGAGCGCCCUGCGAGCCGAGCUCGGCGCCGCCAGCCGCAGACUGGCCGAGCUCAGCGCCGACGGCCCCCCCAGCGCCGCCGAGAUGGCCGCCGGCGGAGGCGCCCCGGACCCCGCGCAACCCAGCCUGCAAGUCCUUCUCCGGGAAGAGGUGAGCCAGCUGCAGGAGGAGGUCCACUUGCUCCGGCAAAUGAAGGAAAUGCUGACCAAGGACCUGGAGGAGACGCACGGGGGCAAGUCCACCGAGAUCCUUUCGGCCACCGAGCUGAAGGUCCAGCUGGCCCAGAAGGAGCAGGAGCUGGCGAGAGCAAAAGAGGCCCUGCAGGCCAUGAAAGCCGACCGGAAGCGUUUGAAGGGGGAGAAGACAGACCUCGUGAAUCAGAUGCAGCAGCUCUACAGCACCCUGGAAAGCCGGGAGGAGCAGCUGCGGGACUUUAUCCGGAACUACGAGCAGCACCGGAAGGAAAGUGAGGAUGCGGUCAAGGCCCUCGCAAAAGAAAAAGAUUUGCUGGAGCGAGAGAAGUGGGAGCUGCGGCGGCAAGCCAAGGAGGCCACUGACCACGCCAGCGCCCUUCGCUCGCAGCUGGACCUCAAGGACAACCGGAUGAAGGAGCUGGAAGCCGAGCUGGCCAUGGCGAAGCAGUCCUUAGCCACCCUGACCAAGGAUGUCCCCAAGCGGCACUCGUUGGCCAUGCCCGGCGAGACGGUGCUCAACGGGAACCAGGAAUGGGUGAUGCAGGCCGACCUUCCGCUCACGGCCGCCAUCCGGCAGAGCCAGCAGACGCUCUACCAUGCCCACCCACAGCACACGGUGGACCGGCAAGCGGUCCGAGUCAGCCCAUGCCACUCGCGGCAGCCUUCCAUCAUCUCCGACGCUUCAGCGGCCGAAGGGGACCGGUCGUCCACGCCGAGCGACAUCAACUCGCCACGGCACCGAACGCAUUCCCUCUGCAAUGGAGACAGUCCUGGACCGGUACAGAAAAACCUGCACAACCCAAUUGUCCAGUCUCUAGAGGACCUUGAGGACCAAAAGCGGAAAAAGAAGAAGGAGAAGAUGGGCUUCGGGUCCAUCUCCCGCGUCUUCGCCAGAGGGAAGCAGCGCAAAUCGCUGGACCCCGGCGUCUUCGACGGUACCGCCCCCGACUACUACAUAGAGGAAGAUGCCGACUGGUGACCGGCCGCCCCUCCCUCCACUUCUGGGCGCGUGCGGG